AUGGAAGGAGCUCCCUCACAGCCCCGUCAACGAUCUUACCCUCGCGCACCAUCACGUUCCUCAAGCCAUACCAGCGCGUCUCGCGUGACCUCCCUCAGCGCCAACAGCUCAUCAUCGCAUGUUCCCGCAUCGCCGCAAACUUCACACCCUCAUUCGUCGCGUCGAUUUCAUCAUGCUCAAUGCUCCACUGGCUCCCCCCGACCAACGUCGCGCUCGACACCGCCACUUUCCACACAGGACGACAGCGCAGAGUUUACGCGACAACCUGCGGUCUCGACCUUCCUGCAGCAAAAGUUGUCAAGGGAGCGCAAGGCAGAGGCGGACAAACUUAACCGGUCGCAAUCCUCGUUGCCACGGUCCAACCCCGAUAUGAGUGCUUCGACGGACUUGGGACGAGCUUCCGGGUCCCCCCUCAAGUUGUCAAUGUCAGAAAUAAGUAGACCUCAGUCGGGUGCUGGACUUGAGCUGGGAAAGAAGAGGGGCCUAGGAGUAAAAGAAAUGGAACAGGUGAUUUCCACUCUCCACAAGCAAAAUUUCGACCUCAAGCUCGAGCUUUACCACAGGCGAGAAAGACAAACCACCCUGGAAGAGCGUCUCGAUGAUCUGGAGAACGAUAGGCAACGAAUGGAAGAGGUUAACGACAAGUUAUUGGUCGAACUCGAGAAGCGUGACAAGGCGGUAGAAGAGGCCGUCGCCAUGAUCAUCACGCUGGAAAUGCAAGUAGAACAGCUUUUCCGAGAAAGAAGUAUGGCGGAAAGGAUGGAAAACGAGUCCUUCUUUUCUCAAGGCUACGAAAUUGGAUACAGGACACCAGUUGCCCACGGCCUGGGACCCGACAUCGUCAAGAUGGAAAACGACGCUAAAGCUGUCAAUCGAGUGCCCAGCUUUUUAUCGGACCACAGCGAAGCCACUGAAAAUCUGAGGAAUGUAUAUUUGGGGACCAAGGGCAGCAGCAUGUUGAGCCUUCCCCGUCUGUUGGAAAGCUCGCCCGAAGGCGAUACUCUCCGAACCCUGGGCAGCCCGACUCUGAGCGUCCUUAGCGAAAGCUCGUUUGCGAGUAUAUAUGGGCGCAGGGAGAACGGCGCGGUUGGGGAUGCAGCUUGUACGGAGGUCGACGAAACUAUCGUUCACGACGGCGACGGCCCAACCUUGAUGAAGAUCUCGACGGAGCAUCAGAUGUCGCGAGGCAAAGCAGGUUCCGUACCGCCUGAUGGUGCGGUGGUUCCGCGAGCCAGUUCCGCAACCCAUUUUCCAUCCAUCACGGACCUGAUGGCCGGCUCGCCGCUUCAGCGCCUGGAACGUCUCGACGGCUCUUGGACAAGCCAGAGGGAAGAAGGCCUCCCCCAAAGCCGAGAAAGAGAUCAUCCGAAAACGCACCACACAGCGUCUGAUGCGCCAUCAGCGGCACCAGGCGCUCUUGGUAAGGAUAGGCGAGAUACCUUGCGCAGAGUACUGACCGAAGGACCUGGCGGUGUUCGAUUACACGAUCACGGCCUUCCCCCAACGCCUGACACCAUCUCAAGCUCGACUUUGCAACGCUUACAGGGCUCAGACGACGCCCUCGCCCAUGAGCAAGACGUCAUUGACGACAGCUGCAAUGGCGUUUCUCUGAAAAGCUCCGUUCACGACGAAACAUGGCGCGACAGCCACGGGGAAGCGGUUGCCGACCAGCAUCAGCCAGAAUUGGACAGCUGGGCUUCCCUGGGGAAACCACCCAUUGAAUCGCCAUUCGACCACCACCGAGGGCCACUAAUUCCUCGGCCGCGUUCAGCCGAUGAAUCUACGACAUCACAUGGACGAGGCAAAGCUUGGGACAGUGACCUGGACGACGAUUCGGACACGCGCUCACUUCAGUCCAGCCUCGACAUUUGGAUGCGGGAGAGCGACCAAUCCAAGGGCCGGAGCCGCGAAUCACCAGACCUCUUCAGUUUCCCCGCCAACGUCUUGACGGGGAAUUGCGCUUCAGCAGCGUCGAUGCUACCGAUUGGUGCCGAGGCUGGACGCGAUCAGCCUCCUCCAGGCUUCGACUACAUGCGAGACCUGUUCUCGCUUCGCCAGGGUCUCUUUGGCAACGCUGCCCCGCCGCCUCCCAGCAGAAGAUCCAGCUUGCAAGCGACAACAGGCUCGUCUGAAGCUUCAUCGCUCAACGCAGGCAAACAUGGCGGUGAAAAACGACCACGCUCGUCAGCGACAAAACGUCGGAGCUACCACAGCAGGCAAAACAGCGUGGACCUGGGCCGUAGAGAUGACUUGCGCACGCCGGUUCAACGUGACCAGUUCUCGGCACCUCCACCUCAGCCUAGCAGUGAACAGAGAUGCAAGCAUUAUCCCCCGCUCUCUGGCCAACAGAACGGAACCCGGGUCGGGCUGAACAGGCUAUUCAGACGUUCCACAAGCGGCACAUCUACCGCGCCCCCCUGUGAGACCAGUGCUUUCGACAUCAACAGCGCAGAGCCAAGCAGCAGCAAGCACAUGGUGGGAGUGCCAUCCUGGUCGAGCCGGGCCUCGGCAGUCGAUGAUGACAGAACCGGGGCUACUCCACCCCCCAUCAUGUUCAAUCCACGCCAAGGACGGCGAAACACGCUGGGCGCCGAAGUCGAGGCCGAACGAGCUGCUGCCCAAGACUGCAGUCGCAGCAAGACACCGAACCCGGCCAUGGCUGCAGCCGCCGCGUCCAAGGAGGAGGCCAAUGUAGAAAGCAGCCCAGCUGCGCCUCUCGUCGCAGGGGGUCGAAGGAAGUGGCUCUCCGGGUUCUCACGGACCGGCAGCUCAAAGAACAGGUCCGGGUAG